AUGACUCAAAAAAGUUUUUCUUUCGAAUUUCCGGAGUUCUUCAAAGCUGCAGAUCACCACCAACUCCAAACCCUCGACUUCCACCAGUUCAAACAGAUGAUGCGCGAGCUGCUGGUGCAGCCAGAUGUGCAGCUGUACUUUGACCUCUUCAAAGUCCCCAACGAAUCCUUCAUUUCUGAAGAAGGGUACGUUCGUUUUCUGAAGGAGGUGCAGGGUGUCGAUACACCCGAGGCGUUGGAAGAAGAACUGGAGUUUUUCAGAAAUGCAAAUGACUCCUACAAACAAACCAGACAGGGUUUGGGGGUGUGUCUGACGCUGCUGGGGUUUAACGCGCUGCUGUGUUCUGCUGCCAAUCACCUCAUGAGUGUAAAAAGACAAAAAGUCCAUCAGCCGCUUUCUUAUCCUCUUUCGGACUACUGGAUCAACUCUUCCCACAACACUUACCUCUGCGGCGACCAGGUGGUGGGGCGGAGCGCAGUGGGCCAGUACAUCGACUUGCUGCUGUCGGGCUGCCGCUGCGUCGAACUCGACUGCUGGAACGGCCCCGAAGGCGAGCCGGUGCUGUUCCACGGGCUGGGCGGCUACCAGCUCUCCACGCGCAUUCCCUUCAGAGACGUCAUCAGGGCCUGCAAAGACUACGGAUUUCAGGUAUUUCGUUGCCGUUUUUGCUGCUUUUCGGAGCUUUUGAAGGCGCUUUUAAAGGCAGAUUGA